AUGGCCGAUGUCGACGUGUCGCAGUUACCCUGGGAAGUUCGCGAACAACUGGCCCAGCUGGAUCUCGAACUGUCCGAAGGUGACAUAACGACGAAAGGCUACGAAAAGAAACGAUAUCAGCUGAUUUCGAAGUUCGCUGCUGCCUCCUGCAAUGCUGGUAAGCAGCUAGAGCCGACUCGCUUUUAG